AUGGUGCAGCUCGGGAGCGGCCGCCGAGCCCCCCCGCCGGCCCCGGCCGCGCCACCGGCCUUCAGCAUCGCCAGUAUCCUGCAGCCCGGCCCCUGCCGCCCAUCCCGGGAGCAGGGCAGAGCCCGCUGCGCCCCGCCGGAGGAAGAGGAGGAGGAGGAGGAGGAGGAGGAGGAGGAGGAGGGAGAGGGGCCUGCGGAGCAAGACCCCAGUAAAGGUUCCAGAGACUCGGGUACGGACCGGCUCCGGGCAGAAGGGACGAGCCGUGGCCUCCGCCGCGAGGCCGAGGGUUGGGAUGCGGCGUCCCCGCUCCCCAAAGAGAGGCUGCGCGCCCCUCGGCAGCCGCCGACGCGAGAGUCCGGGGGCUGCGGCGCUGAGAACGGGAGGUUGCCGGCGGCUGGCGGCAGGAAGAAGACGCGGACCAUCUUCUCCAAGAGCCAGGUGUUCCAGCUGGAGUCCACCUUCGACGUGAAGCGCUACCUGAGCAGCUCGGAGCGGGCCGGGCUGGCCGCCGCGCUACAUCUCACCGAGACCCAGGUGAAGAUCUGGUUCCAAAACCGCCGCAACAAGCUCAAGAGACAAAUGUCGUCCGAGGCGGAGGGCCCUGGGCCGGGGCCGGCGGAGCCCCCCGGGGACCCGCCGCCCCCCGCCGCCGCCACGUCUCUCUCCUUCCCGGCCCUCUACAAGGACAACCCCCUGCUCAGUCGGUGUUUGCUACCGCUACCUUUGCCCCUGCUCUGUCCGGGCAACGCCAUCCCCUACCUCUGCCUCCCCGGGCCGGGCAAACACUUCAGCCUGGUGGACGGGGACGUAUAG